AUGGUAGUAGUAAGAAAGGAGGAACCAUGUGCCCGUAUUACAUACACAUGCAUGUACUUGCAACCCGACCGGGGAGGGGGGGAAGGCAAUAAAGGACCGAGUCGCGUGCCCGGCCGUCCUUUUGUUUUUGUUUUGUCCUGGCCUCAUAUCGUGCAGCACUCCAGCACCACCACCAGCAUCAGCAGGGCCCGGAUCACCAUGGCGCCGAGCCCCGUCGUCGAGCCCUCGUGGCAUGGGAAAUUUGGGUUUGGGUUUGGUCAUGGGUAUGGGGAGAAAGCGCAGGGCGACGGCGGGGAGGCAGUAAUCCAUGCCAAGCUUCGGCAGCUAUUUCUAGCGAUGCAGCACAUGCACAUGCACAUGCAUAUACCAGCCCUGGCCCUCGCCCUCGCCCUCGCCCUCGUCGUCUCUGGCCUCUGUGCGCUCGGCCUCGUAGCAUGCAUCCGGCGACAACGCACCUCGCCCUCAUCCACCGGUACCUGGACGCUGUCGAAGAACAGCCCCCAAAGUAGUAGUGGCAAAGGAAACCCGGCCGGCCCGGACUGCCUCGGCACAACCACCGUCACAGUCCCAGCAGCCAAAUUAGAGUCAGAUCUAGAAAUGGCCAGGCAGGACAGGGAAAAGGACAAGAAGGAAGAGGAGGGCCGGAACCCGCUCCGGCCCCGGCCCCGCACGCCGACGCCGCACACGGGCCCGUCGGCCACCGUCCACCUCGCCCAGGGCCAUUACACGGGCGUGGUCCUGCCGCCCAGCUCCGGCGUGCCGCGUGCCGUCGAGGCGUGGCGCGGCAUCCCCUUCGCGCAGACCACCGCCGGUGAGAACCGCUUCCGGCCCCCCGUCCCGCUGGACCUGUCCGCCUCGUCCGCCGCCACGCCCUUCGACGCCAGCACCUUUGGCCCCGUGUGCCCCGGCCCGGCCGCCCGCAUCCCGGGCAUGGUCGCCGGCGAGGACUGCCUCAACCUCAACGUCUACCGGCCCGCGUCGGCGCACGAGCAUGGCGGGCCCAGGAUGCCUGUCGUCGUCUACGUCCACGGCGGCGCCUUCAACGGCGGCCUGGGCACCGAGCGCGACAUGAGCAGCUUCGUGGGCUGGUCCCGGACGCCCAUCGUCGGCGUCAACUUCAACUACCGCGUCGGCGCCCUGGGCUUCCCGAGCUCGACGGUUGCGGAGCGCGAGGGCGCCCUGAACCUGGGGCUGAGGGACCAGAGGCUGCUGUUUGAGUGGGUCAGGCAGAACAUCGGCCAGUUUGGCGGUGAUGAGUCGCGUGUCACCCUCAUGGGGAUGAGUGCCGGGGCGCACUCGAUCGGCUACCAUCUGCAGUCGUAUACCGACGCCGACGACGCCCCCUUCCACGGCGCCAUCAUGGAGUCGGGCGGUGCCACCGCGCGCGCCACACUCGCCUCGUCUCACCCACGGACCGAGCAGCAGUUCGGCGAGUUCCUCCUCGCAGCGGGCAUCGAGCCCAGCCAGACGCGUGCCGACCACGUCUUCCCCAUCCUGCGCUCGCUGCCGCUCGAGACGAUCCUCUACGCGUCGAGCACCGUCUUCUCGCGCUACCAAGACCCCAUCCGGUGGCCCUUCCAGCCCGUCAUCGAGUCCCUCCCGUCGCACGACGGCAGGGGCGGCGGCGAUGGCGGCGAUGGCGACAAUGGCGACGUGAUCGUGGACCUGCCCAUCAACCGCUUCCGCCGCGGGAGGCACCUCAGGAUCCCCGUGCUGGCCGGCUUCAACACCAACGAGGGCACCGUCUUUGCCUCGCCCGCCGUCGAUGAGGGCGACGACCUCCUCGCCAAGUUCGCCGCCAUGAUCCCCGGCCUCAGCGCCGCCGACUUUGCCGCCCUCGCCAGCCUCUACCCGGACCCCGUCACGGACCCCUCGAGCCCGUAUGCCAUUGUGCCGCCCGGCUUCGGCCGCCAGUGGGCGCGCUACGAGGCCGCCUACUCUCACUAUGCGUAUAUAUGCCCCGUCCUGCAGACUGGCCACUUCCACAGUGAGCAUCAUGACAGCAGCAGCGGGUGCAGUGACGACUAUCCCGUGUGGAUUUACCACUUCGCGGCCCUGUCCCGCCCAGACUUUGGCGGCAAGGCCAACCACGUCGACGAGGCCGCCCUGGUCGCGCACGACAUGGCCGCCAUCGGCAACUUCCCCGGCCUGGUCCGGACCGCGGACGCCAUGCACGGCGCGUGGACCCGCUUCAUCGCCACGGGGGACCCGAACCCCGCGCACAUCGACGCAGAGGGCACCACCCCUUCACCCCCAUCCCACCACUCGUCCUCGACCUCGUCCUCGACCCCGUUCUGGCCGCGCUUCAGCAGCCCCUUUAUAGGUGAUACCGCCCGGGCCCCCGCCCGGCUGCGGCGCAAGCGGCGUCACGAAGGCGGGGAGGACUCUGGGCGCAUCAUGAUGUUUGGCCUGGGCAACGACGAGCGGAUGGGCGAUGCCGGCAGGGGCACGCCCGGUGUGCCCGCGACUGUGGUCAGGAUGACCGAGGGCGAGGUCGAGAAGUGUCGGUUCUGGUGGGAGCGGGUCGAGCUGAGCGAGGGCAUGGGCCGCAGGCUGGGGAGGGCUGCUGAGAGGUCGAGGCUGUAG